AUGUUAACUAAGCGUAUGUGUGUGGCCUUAGUGUCCGUUAUUGCCACAAACUAUGUCACCGAUGGCAUUGGUCCCGCUCGAGCGAUAUGGAACCAAGCUAUACAGAAAAGGGUUUCCAGCACAUCUUCGAUGCUGACGCAGAUCAAGGGCCUGAAGAUGAUGGGUCUCACUGACUAUAUUGCUAAAUCGAUUCAAGACCUUCGGGCCAGCGAGCUCGAGGUGUCGAAAAUAUUUAGAGCGUUUAUCGUAAAGAUAGUAUUGAUAGCAAACUUCUCGGACCAAGCGACUCCAGUAGUUGUGAUAACAGCAGCUGUAUUUUGGACAAAAUCCGGGACCGAUGCAUUCGGUGCUUCCGAGGCGUUCACCAGUUUGUCUAUCGUGGCGCUUGUCGUGUCACCCAUGGCCAACCUGAUGGGGUCGAUCCCAAACUUCAAGGCAUCUGUUGCUUGUUUUGAUCGUAUCCAGGCCUUCUUGGUCUUGGAAAGCCAUGAGGAUAAAAGGAUCGAUACAAGUACCACUGGUGAAACCCCAUCCCCGUCUACGAGCGAGAGCGAUCAUCUUGUCUUAGCACAAAGGCAAGAACACUCAGAUAUCGAGCUUCCCUUGAUUCGAAAGCCACACGCCACUCGACUUGUCCUGGAACAUGCCAAUUUCACGCUAAAGAGCCAGACAGAGCCUGUGCUUCAGGGCAUCAGCGUUUCUCUUCCAAAGUCCAGCUGCACAAUGCUCGCUGGCCCUGUAGGCUGCGGUAAAUCUUCCCUUCUUAGAGGUAUCUUGGGUGAGAUCCGCCUCUCUGGCGGGACAGUUAGGGUUGAGGACGUCGGCGCAUCGAUAGCUUACUGUGACCAAACUGCUUGGCUCCGGAACAUCUCCAUUCGUGACAACAUCAUUGGUCCGGGGCAAUUUGAUGAGAAGUGGUACGCCUCCGUGUGCCAUGCCUGUGCCCUCAACGACGAUAUUUCUCAAUUUCCUCUGGGCGAUAAGAGCCUGGUUGGGAGUGGGGGCAUCAGUCUUAGUGGAGGACAGAAACAAAGAGUGGCAAUCGCUCGAGCACUAUACGCACGAAGAGAUAUUGUCUUGCUCGACGACGUGUUCAGUGCCCUUGAUAGCGUUACCUCCCGAACAGUCUUCAACUGCGUCGUCGGAAUUCUGCGAAAGCAGGGCGCAACAGUGCUGCUAGCGACCAACGCAAUCCACCAACUCCCCUUUGCAGACAAUAUCAUCGUGCUUGAAACAUCCGGCCGCAUUGCGCAGAGUGGCAGUUUUGCCGAGCUGCAGGCUCAGGAUGGCUAUGUGAGAAGCCUCGCGUUAAAAACGCGCUCCAGUCAUGAAAUCGAAGAUAUACAAAACGCCGACACUGAAACAACCGCUGAUCCGGCCGCUGCUAAGGCUGCGGGGGAGGAUGAGAGCGACUUUACACGACAGACCGGGGAUCGGUCAUUAUACAAAUUCUAUCUGAAGUCGACCGGGAUACCUCUAUCACUCGGAUUCUUACUUAUCGCCAUUUGCUGUGUCGGCGUAAAACAGAUGUCAAUUGUUUGGGUACGCAUUUGGACUGAGCAUGGCAUCGACCAAGAUCGUGGUGCAUAUUUCAGCGGCUAUAUUGUCUUCGCAACAGCCACCAUUAUUUUGACUGGUAUGGUAGGUUGGUUCGUCACCUUCUUGAUCAUCCCAAAAUCGGCCAAGUAUCUUCACUGGCUUCUGCUGGACGCAGCUGUCGGAGCGCCGCUGUGGUACUUCACUACAACUGACAGUGGUACCAUCCUCAAUCGCUUCAGCCAAGACAUGACACUCAUCGACCAGGCAUUGCCAAUGGCCUUCUUCGCCACGACUAUAGAUUCGCUCACCCUUCUUGCCAAUGCGGCCGUAAUUGCGUCGGGCGCACAGUACGUUGCUGCCGUGAUUCCUUUCUGCAUCGUAGCGCUAUACUUCCUACAGAAAUACUAUCUUCGUACAUCGCGUCAGCUCCGACAUCUCGAUCUCGAGUCCAAGUCGCCGUUAUAUACGCAUUUCACCGAGACGCUCCACGGUGUGGCGACAAUUCGAGCCUUUGGCUGGCAGCAAGACUUCCAGGAGGGGAAUCUUCGGUUCCUCGACCAGUCCCAAAAACCUUUCUAUCUCCUGUUCUGCGUCCAACGAUGGUUGAACGUCGUCAUGGACCUGUUUGUUACAGGCAUCGCCAUCGUUCUAGUGAGCUUUGCUGUUGGGUUUACGAGCACAACAUCCCGCGGCGCCAUCGGCCUUUCCAUGGUCACUCUCAUUGGCUUCAACAACAGCCUUUCCAGGGUAAUAAUGUCUUGGACGAAUAUGGAGACGUCUCUUGGCGCUAUCGCUCGAUUGCGCAACUUCAUACGAGACACGCCCCGAGAAGACUCUGGAGUACAAAUUCUAGAGGCGCCUGUAUCGUGGCCCUCAACUGGCUUCAUUCAGGUUGAUGGACUUACUGCUACCUACCAUCUCGAAGAUGAGACAGUACUACGUGAUGUAUCGCUUCGGAUUCAACCAGGCCAGAAGGUGGGAAUCUGCGGGCGUACAGGAAGCGGUAAGAGCUCGCUGCUACUAAGCCUUCUGAAACUAUUGGAAACCCAGUCAGGUUCAAUUACAAUCGACGGGCUCGAUUUGGCGUCGGUGCCGAGCGUAGUACCUCGAACCCACCUCACAGCUCUCCCCCAGGAUUCCGUGACGCUACCCGGCACUGUCCGUACAAACCUCGACCCUCUAGAGACGGUUGCCGCCGACGAGAUCCUGAUCGAUGCCUUAUCUAGUGCGGGCAUGUGGGAGACCAUCAGCAGCCGCGGUGGUCUGGACGUAGACUUCGAGAGUCUUGGACUAUCUCACGGGCAGAAACAGCUCUUCUGCCUAGCUCGAGCCCUGCUGAGCAAGAGCCCCGUUGUGCUCCUUGACGAAGCCACUAGUAGUGUCGACCACUAUUCAGAUGAGCAGGCGCAAAAGGUGCUACGGGAGGUUUUCAAGGAGAAAACGGUUUUGGUAGUGGCGCAUAGGCUGGAGACUAUCGCGGAUCUGGAUCUCGUCGUUGUUAUGGAUAAGGGACGGAUUGUGGAGGUAGGCGAUCCUCGUGAGCUGAAGAGCAAGCCUGACUCGCUUUUCUGGACGCUCUGGGAGAGCCGACAUGGUUGA